CACGUUCCCCGUGCCUGUCCCGGAGCCCCGGGCAGGGCCGGGCUUUACCCCCCCGCUCUUGCAGGUAUCGCCAUCGCCAGGAGCAGAGGAGCGCGGUACCGGCUGGGCCCGGAGCUCGAGAUCUGUGGUUACGGCUGCUCGGAUCACUAUUAUGAGUCUGACACGCUCCUGCAUUCCUUUCAAGUUCUGGAAAAGCUUUUGGAGUCUCCAGCUACUCAAGAUAUUAUCUGUGAUGUGGGAAUGCCUGUUCUGCACAGAAAUGUUCGCUACAACUGUCGGGUGAUCUUUCUAAAUAAGAAAAUUCUUCUGAUCAGACCAAAAAUAGCAUUGGCAAAUGCAGGAAACUACAGAGAACUCAGGUGGUUCACCCCGUGGAGCAAAGCAAGGCACGUGGAGGAAUAUUUUCUACCCAGAAUAAUUCAGGAAGUGACUGGACAGGAAACUGUUCCUUUUGGGGAUGCAGUGCUAGCAACCAAAGAUACCUGCCUAGGGGCAGAAAUGUGUGAAGAACUCUGGACACCAAAUAGCCCUCAUAUUGACAUGGGACUUGAUGGUGUGGAAAUCUUCACCAACUCUUCUGGGAGUCACCACGUGCUGCGAAAGGCUCACACCCGAGUGGAUUUGGUGAAUUCUGCCACAGCAAAGAAUGGUGGAAUAUACAUUUUCGCAAACCAGAAGGGCUGUGAUGGUGAUCGUCUGUAUUAUGAUGGCUGUGCCAUGAUUUCCAUGAAUGGAGAAACAGUUGCACAAGGAUCCCAGUUCUCACUGGAUGAUGUGGAGGUGCUGGUUGCCACUCUGGACUUGGAGGAUGUCCGAAGUUACAGAGCAGAGAUUUCAUCCCGUAACCUGGCGGCAAGUAAAGCAAAUCCUUAUCCCAGGGUGAAAGUGAAUUUUGCUCUGUCAUGUCCUGAUGAUGUAGCUGUACCUACCUGUAUGCCAAUCCAGUGGAGAUAUCACAGUCCUGAGGAGGAGAUCAGCCUUGGACCUGCAUGUUGGCUUUGGGACUAUUUAAGGCGCAGCAAACAGGCAGGAUUUCUCCUACCUCUUAGUGGUGGAAUCGACAGCUCUGCUACAGCCUGCAUAGUGUAUUCCAUGUGUCACCAGGUUUGCCUGGCAGUCAAGAAUGGAAAUGCAGAUGUGCUGGCUGAUGCCCGAAGGAUUGUCCACGACGAGACCUACAUCCCCGAGGAUCCUCGGGAAUUCUGCAAGCGUGUCUUUACCACGUGCUACAUGGCCAGUGAGAAUUCCUCCCAGGACACCUGCAACAGGGCAAAACUUCUGGCUGAGCAAAUAGGCAGCUAUCACAUCAACCUGAACAUAGAUGUGGCUGUGAAAGCUGUUGUGGGAAUUUUCAGCAUGGUGACAGGUCGAACUCCCCGAUUUUCUGUCUACGGAGGGAGCAGCAGAGAAAGCUUAGCACUGCAGAAUGUGCAGGCUAGAAUAAGAAUGGUCCUUGCCUACCUGUUUGCUCAGCUGACACUGUGGGCUCGUGGGAUGCCAGGGGGACUGCUGGUGCUGGGAUCUGCCAAUGUGGAUGAAAGUCUCCGGGGCUACCUGACGAAGUACGAUUGCUCCAGUGCUGACAUCAAUCCCAUUGGUGGCAUCAGCAAGACUGAUUUGAAGAACUUCAUCCAGUAUUGCAUUGAAAACUUCCAGCUCACAGCCCUCAGAAGUAUCAUGUCAGCUCCACCCACUGCAGAGUUAGAGCCCCUGGUGGACGGACAAGUGGCUCAAACUGAUGAGGCAGAUAUGGGGAUGACAUAUGCAGAGCUCUCCAUCUAUGGCAAAUUAAGAAAAAUUGCAAAGGCUGGACCAUACAGUAUGUUCUGCAAGCUGAUUAAUAUGUGGAAGGAAGUUUGUACUCCAAGAGAGGUGGCAUCCAAGGUCAAGCAUUUCUUCAGGAUGUAUUCAGUUAACAGGCAUAAAAUGACCACCCUCACUCCUUCCUACCACGCUGAAAACUACAGCCCUGACGACAACAGGUUUGACCUGAGGCCUUUCCUUUACAACACCACGUGGUCCUGGCAGUUCAGGUGUAUAGACAAACAGGUAUCCAAACUAGAAAAAAAGGAAGGAAUUUCUCCAGUUGAAGACAUGGACUGAUUUCCUGUCUUGUUUAACUGUGGUAAUUAAUUUGCCAAAGCAGAAUGUUCCAAACUGGAUUAUACUGUGAUAAUGAGCAGU